AUGGCACAACAACAGCAAAUUAAUGGAAAUGGUGCGGCAGAUUUAAGUUUAGAUGAUUCAAAAAAACAAGGAACACGAGUCUUCAAGAAAAGUAGUCCUAAUUCAAAGAUUACAUGUUAUCUGGGAAAAAGAGAUUUUAUCGAUUAUAUGGAUCAUAUAGAUCCAAUUGAUGGAGUUGUUCUAAUCGAUCCUGAAUAUGUUAAAGAUCGUAAAGUAUAUGCAUGUGUAUUAGCAGCAUUUCGAUAUGGUCGAGAAGAUCUUGAUGUACUUGGACCAAAUGCAUAUCCAUUUUAUUUUGAAAUUCCUCAAAAUGCUCCAGCUUCAGUAACACUACAACCAGCUGUUGGUGACACGGGAAAACCAUGUGGUGUUGAUUAUGAAUUAAAAACUUAUGUAGCAGAAGCUAAUGAAGAUAAAUCACAUAAACGAAGUUCUGUUCGAUUAGCAAUUAGAAAAUUAACUUAUGCACCAGAAAUUCCAGCACCACAACCGGUUAUUGAAGCACAUAAAGAUUUUAUGAUGUCACCUGCACCGUUACAUUUAGAAUGUACACUUGAUAAAGAGAUGUAUUAUCAUGGUGAAAGUAUCAAUGUUAAUGUCGUUGUUACAAAUAAUUCGAAUAAAACUUUACGAAAAAUUCGUAUUUCUGUAAAACAAUAUGCAGAAAUAUGUAUGUUUACCAAUGCUCAUUACAAAUGUACUGUUGCUGAAUUGGAAACUGAUGAAGGUUUUCCAAUAACUCCAUGUUCAAAUUUAACAAAAGUUUAUUCAUUAAUACCACUUCUAGCAAAUAAUAAAGAUAAAAGAGGUUUAGCAUUAGAUGGAAAAUUAAAACAUGAAGAUACAAAUUUAGCUUCAUCGACUAUAAUACGAAAUAAUACACCAAAAGAAAAUCUUGGAAUAAUCGUGCAAUAUAAAGUUAAAGUUAAAAUAAUUGUUGCUAUGGGAGGAGAUUUAGCAGUUGAAUUACCAUUUACAUUAACUCAUCCAAAACCUCCUCCAACCUCUUCACUAUCUCAACAACUUGAUCAACAAAAUUUUGAUGAUCAACAACCAAUUGAUGUACCUGUUGAUCAUAAUUUAAUUCAACUUGACACUAAUUUUGGUAAUACUGCUCAUGAUGAUGAUUUUAUUUUUGAAGAAUUUGCUCGAAUACGUCUUAAAGGACAUGAAGGUGGUCUUGAUGAUACUGAAGCUUAA